AUGACAUUUCAGCAAGAAAUAGGGUCUUGGAAGACUCCCAAAGAGCUGACCACCUUUCCAGUUCCGGAAGUUGGUGAAAGGGCACCAACUUCCUCGAUUCUCCAGACACCCAGCACGAAUGGAAAACCGACGAUAAUUACCUUUCUGCGGCAUUGUGGAUGCCCUUUUGCCGAGAAGACAUUCCAACGAUUUCGCAAAUUCGCUGGCAAACAUACUGAUAUCAAUUUCGUCGCCGUGUCGCACUCCGAUGAUGAGGCAACAGAGAAGUGGCUCAUAUCCAUCGGCGGAUGUUGGGAAGUUCAGGUAGUAGUCGAUGCGGGAAGAGAAACCUACGCACAAUGGGGGUUGGGGGUUGCGAACACCUGGCAUGUCCUCAACCCUUGGUCGCUCUACUCCGUUUACAAGUUGGGGAAGCAAGAGAGCAUAUGGAACAAACCUACCGAAAGUGGCAACCGCUGGCAGAUGUCAGGUAGCUUCGCAGUUGACGAACAAGGAGUUGUCAAAUGGGUUAGAGUGGCAAAAUCUGCUGAUGAUAUCCCUGAUUUCAAAGAUGGCCUCAAAGCAUUGGGUAGGGAAGUGUAA